UGUGCCUUGCCUCCUGCUAAUGAUUCUGCAGACCCCAGAGCAAGACAAUACUCCAAACAACGUGAGGAAGAGCUGGCACUAAUAGAGCAACUACGUAAGAAUAUUGAAUCACGGUUGAAGGUAUCGUUGCCCAGUGAUCUUGGAGCAGCUCUCACCGAUGGCGUUGUUCUGUGCCAUUUAGCUAAUCAUGUGCGUCCUCGAUCUGUUCCCAGCAUUCACGUCCCCUCCCCUGCUGUUCCUAAACUUACAAUGGCAAAAUGCAGACGAAAUGUGGAGAAUUUCUUGGAAGCUUGCAGAAGGAUUGGAGUGCCUCAGGAGCAAUUAUGUUUGCCUCUACAUAUUUUAGAAGAGAAGGGUUUGACACAGGUAGCUGUGACUGUCCAGGCGCUCCUGGAGCUGGCGCCCCCAAAGCAGCAGCAACUUCACCACUUGUCUGCUGUGUAGAGACCUCCAGGACCUUUUGGGUUACCUUGGCUAAGCAGAAGGACGUGAAGACUUUACUGCCCAUGCAGUGCAUCCAAACGCACAGAGCUCUGUUCUAAGGCAACGAGUUUCCGUGAUUCCUGACAGGAAUGUUUUGCCUCAUUUCUCCACUUUUUUUGGAGAUCACAACAGUUUCCAGUAACAGUGUUUUUAUUUUGGGGAUUUUUUUUGGUUUUGUUUGUUUUUUGCCCCUUAAAACAAAGUGAGGAGGGCAGGGAGUCCCAUCGGUUGGUUGUUUGGAGCCAGCUGCAGACCUUGUAGAUGGAGACACUGGUGUACGGUUUGGAAAGUGAAAUGAUUCCUAAGAGGAUUUGUUUUUUAGAAGGAUGUUGUUGCAAUGGGUGUAUGAGGAACGAAAGUUCUUUCCUUCCUCGCAGGGUUCAAAGAAAGGGAGUUUCUUUGCCUCUAAGAAACACUAGCUCUUUCCAUAAUAUAAAAAGGAUUUCAGGUUAAGAUUGUGUUGUAUAGUGUUUCAUCAGAGGGAUGAGCCUCAUGGAGCAGUGACCUAUGUUGGCAUGUCCUCGGUAUUUAAAUCUGAAGAAUAACUUUUUUUUUCCCCCCCUCCAAGGGGAAAAAGUACUGCAUGGUAUCGCCACAAGAAACACACAUCUUAGUAAAAGAUACUAAACCAGAACGGUUCCAUUUGUAUUAAACACUUCAGCAUUCUUGCUGGGUUUAAUUUUUGUUUGGGUCUUAAUGUCUUUGUCUGGAAAUUUUUCCAACAUCAGUGGAGGAAAUCUCCUUCUACCUCCUCUCACCUCUCCUUCCAGGCCCGUAGGGAUGCAUUUGGUUACUGAAUGCUUUUGUCAAAGGAUGACUAAAUGUCAUCAAGAAUCAGGUACCUAUUUUCACUGCAGUGCAAAGAAUUACAACCUGCCAUGCUAAUCAUUAGAAACCCAUUAUUAAAUAAAAUUGUUAGCAGGGGCUGGAGCAUCUUUAUACAGUCCUGCCAACACUGGUAAAUGUCCCAACCACUGAAAAUUAAUGAUUUUAAGAACAGAAUUACUGAAUUUCCAUGGGUGGGUUGCAUAUUAUCAAAGCAGCAAUCUGUUGCAAAAUGUAGUUUAUAUUUGUAGGUUUGACAGGGCUUAAAAUAAAAAAAAAAAAAAAAAGCCUUUCUCAUUGGUGGUCAAGUAGAGUGAUGCACUCAUUUUACAGGACUACUAUUACUUCCCCCUUCUUUCCUUAUGCAAAAAUGGAAAUUGAAAAUAUAGGAAUAGGAGAGACACCAGCCAGAUUUUGCAUUUUACUUUAAAGUCAACCUGCAAAUCAAAGACUAGUUUUCUGUGCCUUGGUCCCACUGACUAGGCCAGGCUUUUUACCCGGUCAGUAACCCAAU